AUGAUGAAAACAAAAGCAUUGCACCAGAGGAGUAAGAAGGAGACUGUCCCUACUCUCAGGGAACACAAGAAGGUUUCCAUGGCCAAGAAGCUCCUUCACCGUUACAAGAAUGAUGCACAUUUUUGGCUUUUCCACGAUAGCGUCACCGAUCACUUUGCCAAUUGUUUGAAGACCGAUAUAGAGUUACUGAAUUCCAGCAGAUCAACGGAUAUUAGUCUUGCGGCCAUUGCGAGGAGAAUCUUUCCUCGCGAGGGUAAGUCUGAGUAUGAAGGAAUCGAGGAGACGUAUUAUGCUUACAGGAUCCGCGAUCGGUUGAGGAAGGACGUUUUUAUCCCUCUUAGGAAGAGUCGCCUCUUAAGGCAUGACAAAGAGAGGUUCCAGAAGUACCUUGAGGUCGUGAAGUCAGGGAAGACUACCAUUGCCUCUAGUGCUUUGCUUCCUCAUAAGAUCAGAGCGCCUUUGGGAGACGUGGCAGAGCUUCAAUGGAGUAGAAUGGUGGGUGACAUGUUCAGUAAAGGUAAGAUAAAGAACUGUUUGGCUGUGUGUGAUGUUUUUGGGAGUAUGAGUGGGGUUCCCAUGGAGGUUUUUGUUGCAUUGGGACUAUUGGUGUCUGAAUUGAAUGAGAAACCAUGGGCAGGAAAGGUUAUCACAUUCGGUGAAGAUCCUCAGCUUCAUUUGAUUGAAGGCAAUAAUCUUAAUUCCAAGACUAAGUUUAUUAGGGAGAUGGAGUGGGGGAUGAACACAGAUUUCUAG